ACGAGGUUGGACGUAUAAGAAGAGGAAGAGGAAGAGGAGGAAGAGGAAGAGGAAGAGGAAGAGGAAGAAGAGGAAGAGGAGGAAGAGGAAGAGUUUCUCAAGUAUUUCCUCUGCUAGGCCCAGAGAAGUGAAGAUGGCACAACUACACACCACUUUAUACCUCUUCGUGAUGGUGGUGAUGGUGGUGGUGGGAGCACAGACCCUCACCCAUCCACACACACCACGAAACUACGACCCCUGUAUGACUUCCAGCCACGGCGUCUUACACAGGGAAUGGGACAGAAUACCAGUUAACUUCACCAUUAAGAGCAGUUGUUUAAGGGUUGUUAUUGAUGAGCUUUGCAGAAAUAACUUCCCUGAUGUGAGUCCUGAAGAUAUUGGCAUAGACAAGGACUUCAACCGCGGGAUAAUGAACUGCCAGGGCGCAAACUGCAGUAUAGAGUGUAUUCACCAGACCUACUGCAACAAGAGGCCAGAUAUGGAGAUGCCGACGGAGAGUGUGGCGCAGGAGGUCUCAGGAUUCUUGCCGCAGACCUUCAAUAGCUUGCCAAAGUGUAGCAGGUACCUGAAGGGGCUGAACCAGACAGUCUUCAUGAAGGACGCUGGCGAGAGGUGUUGGGGAAAGCUUCAGUGUAUCUGUGGCAUGUGUUGUGAGUCGAGCACGCAGGAGGAGGUGAUGCGGAGAAUGCUGGACCAGACAUACAAGGAUUUACAAGCACACCUCCAGUCUCAGACCACGUGGGGGAGGGCCCCGAGCAGACCGUCUUUCCCAGGCCACGGUACGAGAGCAAAGCCGAGAGUGGUGGCGUACGCGAGGCCGGGGCGACACUAACAGCCGAUAACUCUGAACCACUUCCUCGCCGAACCUUCCCUGUUUUCAAAGGCUUUAUUUACACUUAUGCGAGUCUGUUUAAGGUGUUUUUAUGGUUCUAGAGGCAGAGUGAUAAGAUUUCUGCAUUAUUAACUGGAGAAACACUCUUGAAAACCCCGCUAGUCAUUUCUGUGGCCUUGGAAAAUACUCGUGGUAAGAAAGCGAAACGUUUCAGAAUACCGACCUUAGUCCAUACUCUGAAACGCUUCCUCACAGCACCUUCACUAUUUUCUAAGGGCUAAGGUUGAAAUGACACGGGUUCUUAAGAGUGUUUCUAUAAUUCUAGUGACAUGUUAACAAGUUUUCUGCAUUACCAACAGGACAAAUACUCUUUUAAAGGCUCAAUUUGAAGUGACACGGUUUUUAAGAGUGUUUCUAUAAUUCUAAAGACAUGUUAACAAGUUUUCUGCAUUACCAACAGGACAAAUACUCUUUAGAACUCGGCUAAUCGUCUCUGUAGGCUUUGAAAAUGGUCGCGGUGAGAGAGGGAAGGGAAUAUGGCGUUCAGGAUGGAGACUGAAGGAAGGAACGCAGGAGGGAAAGGAAUGAGAGAGGAAGGGAGUGUAGGAAGAGAAAGGGGACAGGGAAGAGCGUUGAGGAAUGUAUAGAAACGUUACCCCUACAAUACACGAGUCACGUUUUCUUUCAAUGUGUGUGUGUGUGUGUGUGUGUGUGUGUGUGUGUGUGUGUGUGUGUGUGUGUGUGUGUGUCUCUCUCUCUCUGUAGAACGAUUGAAUGAAAAGUUUUGAUUCUCUCUAUAUUCAACCAUACCAGAGAGAGAGAGAGAGAGAGAGAGACGUAGUGUCAGUAGUAUACUAGUAAUUAAGGCUGAAAUUCCCUUGAGCAAUGCAAUAACUAGCAAGGCAUCCAGAUAUGAACCCUAAUAGCUUGCUUCCCUAUUAUUGUUAUUAUUAUUAUUAUUAUUAUUAUUAUUAUUAUUAUUAUUAUCAUUGUUACUCAUUUUUUUUCUCUUAUUUCUUUCCAUUCUGUCUAAAUUAGUCAUUCUCUCUCUCUCUCUCUCUCUCUCUCUCUCUCUCUCUCUCUCUCUCUCUCUCUCUCUCUCUCUCUCUCAUCACAUUCAUUUGCAUUUCCUCUUCUCACCAGCUUCUCUUCACCUCGCCCUCUCACUCCUCUUCUCUCUAUCACUUUUUCUUCCCUCUAGUCACGCAAAGUCUGUUAAAACUGGCAGCGCUGUGUCUUCUAGUCUAAGUUAACAGUAUACCAGCGGCCAGUCACGGGUAGGCUGCUGUGUGACUAAUCGUAGGCAUAGAAAAGUAAGGUAUUUGCUAACUCUUUGGCCUUUUGUCCACUUCACCAACGCACGAGACAGUUAGUAUGCACCAGCGGUAUUCUGAAACGUUUGCUGUCUCCCCAUCACUGUUUUCCAAAGGGUCCAGUUGAAGAUACUUGUGUUUUUAAUCCCUUCAGUACUGGGACACAUUUUUACCAUGAGUUUUGGGUGUGAUUAGACC